AAGGGGCCUUCAUCCCAUUAUCACCCCAUCUCCUUCUCAUCACCAGAAGGAGGAGGAGAAGACCGCAGAAAAAAGAGGUUUCUUCGUUAAUAAACACGGUAGCCUCUUAGGGGUCGCAAGACUCUUUGCUCAGAGACGAAGCGCGGGUCCAAAGGAUCCCCUCGGAGGUGGGAGGCCAGAAAAGAGACCCCCUUUGCAGAAUGAGCGACGUCUCAGCUGUGGGACGGCUGCCGGAGAUCCCAGUCCCCUGGGAAGUCCUCUUGCACCAGGUGCAAGCAGGCAGGAGUGGAAAAAGUGAGAACACCAGAAACAUAUUAUGGACCUCCAGAGAACCCCCUCGUGUCCCACCCAGGCAUCUCCUGGUGGCUCUUCAAAUGAGGCAGGCCCCCACACGUCUACUCGGAGGCAGGCCCCACCCUUGGGGUGGCGGUGAUGCUUCCAAGUCUGUACCUGUGGGAUGACAGGCUGAAUUUCUCGGGACUUAAAUUCUGGAGGAGAAAGGGGCAUCAGAGUUGAGGCAGCGCAGCCCCUGCCCGGUGGGCCUGCCCAGAAAACACCUGGCGAGACUGGCAGGUGCCAAUGCAGUGGGGCUUUUGGAUUAGGGGGCUCCUGGGCAUCUGCAAGUGAGCCCGAGGCCUGCCCCGGUGCCGGACACCAUGGCCUAUCAACCCUGCGCCUGCAGGCGCUGCUCCUCACGGUCCCGCAGUGCGGAGGAAGCACCUUGGCUUUGCACAGCAAGAAGUCACCAGCAUGCCCCCUGACUCCCCCCCCAUUCCAAGGGGCAAGUGGGAGAGACCCCUGAGGGGGGGGGACGGAGCCGCCACCUGGACCACGCAGGAUGUGUUUCCAUCACCACGACCCCGUAUGGCUCGUCCCAAGUAGAGAGCAGACCCGGGGGGGGGGGCAAUGCCUAAAUGGCCAAUCAACACUCAGGUGAUCCCACUGAUUUGAGGGAGGGGUCUCUGCUAGGCUAGGUUUGCCGCCCCCCCUCCUUAUAAACAGCUGGGAGUAGCAGUCGGAUCCUGGUCAGUGGUUUACGUCUGAGGAAGUGGACUUGCCCACGAAGGCUGGCAUUAAAAGGUAACAGCCCGUAAAGUGCCACAAUGUUUUUGCCCUUUUAGUUUUUCUUGGGUUCUUGUGUGAUAGGGCUGGAAUGUCCGUCGGGAGCCGGGAAGACAUUCUUUCUUGGGCCUGCGGCUCCCAGGUGGUGUGGCUUCUGGCUGGUGAGGCUGUCCCAAGGUGGAUGGUUCGAUGAUGUCCAAAGCUCUUGCGCGCCCUUGGGAGUUGUGAUGAUGGCAAGAGCUCUGCUUUUUAAGCCUGGCCCACAGGGGAGAUGUUCUGUCUGGCCCCCCAGGCUGGUCCCCUGCAGAGGGCGGUCUGCUUGCUGUCAGGGUGAGGCCCCUUGGGCAACCCCAUCGUUGCGUCUUCCAGGGAGGGGAGGCCGGCUGGUGGCUCUCUGUGCAGAGGACUCCUGUGUGGCUUGUGGAGCUGGUGCACCGGGUGCCCGUGUCGGGUCAGGGAGCCACACCCAGGAAGCAUGCCCUCACCUGCAGAUGGCCUUGGAUGCUUGCAGGUGCCCGUGCGGGGUGAGGACGCCGCGGCAGCCCUUUAUCUGGCCCCAGAGCGGUGGAGAGGCUGGGCCGCCCAUGAGGACACCAUGCGGGAGAACUACGGCGCCUCUGUGGCUCUGGGGUCUCCUGUUGCACAGCCCGAUAUGGUUGCCCGCCUGGAGGAAGGUGGGCCACAUCCGGCCAAGGAUGAGAGGGAAGCCAAGCUGAGAGAGCCACCCGAUGGUGCCAGUGCAGCAGGUCCUGUAGCACAAGGGACAGAGCAAGCAGCGAAGGGUGAACAGCAGCAUCUGCAGCCACCACCACCACCACCGCCACCGCCUGGAGUGGACCAGCGAGGGACCGGAGAGCCAAAGCAGCUGGAAAGGAGUUGCCCAGGCGAGUGGCUGAUCCGGACCGUGAAAGUGGAGGCCGAGGAGUACUCGGAGUGGCCGGCCGGGCUGAGCGCAGAGGUGCUGCUGUCGGGCCUGCCCACCGGGGGGGUCUGCAAGUCCGAGGGCCUGAAUCCUGGGCAAGGGUACCCCGCCGGACACGGAAGGCUGGGCUCGCUCUCGGGCCUGGCGCUGCAGCAGUGGCAAAUGCUGAGCGAGGAGAAGGCCCCUGGUUGCCCCAAGUGUGAGCCCCCCCGAACCCCUGCGGGCGGCACGCCCGGAGACGCCCGGCCACGCCCCUUCGCCUGCCCCCAGUGCGGCAAAGCCUUCGGCAAGAAGGCUCACCUGACUCGGCACGCCCGCGUCCACACCGGAGAGCGGCCCUUCGCCUGCUCCCACUGCGGCCGCCGCUUCUCGCAGAAGAUCCACCUGGGCUCACACGAGCGCGUGCACACGGGGGAGCGCCCCUUCCCUUGCGACCGCUGCCCCAAAAGCUUCCGCAAGAAGACGCACCUGGUGCGCCACCAGCUGACCCACACCGGCGAGCGCCCCCAUGCCUGCCCCUUCUGCGCCCGCAGCUUUGUGCACCGCCGGCACUUGCUGCAGCACCAGCACCUGCACGAGGAAGGAAGCGCGCCGCAUGGGGAAGGUUUGGAGCUGGGCCGAGUUGCAGGGCCUUGUGGAGGGCCCCCGCCGGACCCCGGGCAGGCCGCAGACCCCCACGGGGCCCCCAGCGAACAUGAGCCAGCCCUCCUGGCCUCUGUGGAGCUGGGGCAGGCUGGAGGCCCUUGCCGAGACCCAAGCGGACUGGGGCUGACCCCCCUCUUGUACAGGGAUGAGGCCGCACUGGGACCCUUCCCCCCCUCUUGCCUGGGGCCCACGGAGCCUUAUCCGGCUGCUGUCCUGUUCAAGGCACAGGUGGAACCAGAAGUGGGCAGAGGGCUCCCAUGCAUGGACCACGCUAUGCCCCCGAGGGAGGCGGUGACGCUGAGCGUUCCUUUCCCGGGGCCGGGACAGUGUGGGCCCCUCUGUGGGGCCGAGGUCCAGGCAGUGGACGGCAUCCUCUGCAUGGACCAGGUCAGCAAGACCGAACCGGAGGAAGAGGGGAAUCCCUGCCAGCCGUCUGACGAGAAGCCAUUCCUCUGCUCCGACUGCGGGAAAGCCUUCGCCUGGCGGAAGAACCUGGCCUCCCACCAGCGGCUCCACGCCGAGGGGGGGCACCCCUUUUCCUGUGCCGAGUGUGGCCGGGGCUUCAGUGACAAGCGCCACCUGACCGCGCACCUGCGUGGGCACAUGGGACUGCUGCCCUACGCUUGCCCGCACUGCGAGAGAAGCUUCGCGCACCGAGCUGGGUUGGCGGCGCACCAGUGCGGCGGCCACACGGGCCAGCGCCCCUUUGCCUGCGGCGAGUGCGGGCGCUGCUUUGCACACAAGAGGCACCUGCAGAGGCACCGGCGCAACCAGCACUCGGCCGAGCGCCCGUUCUCCUGCGCCCAGUGCGGCCGCACAUUCAGCACCCGGGCCAGCCUGCUGGCGCACAUCAAGUCUCAUGCCGGCCAAAGGCCCUUCGCCUGCCCGCUGUGUGGCCGGGCCUUCAGCCGAAAGUCACAUCUGGCCCGGCAUGAAGCUGUGCACACGGGGCUGCGCCCUCACGCGUGUGCCCAGUGCCCACGGCGAUUCAGCUCCAAAACCAACUUGGUGCGACAUCAAGCGGUGCACACCGGCCUGCGCCCUUACAUCUGCACCCACUGUGCCCGGAGCUUCAGCCGCAAGACUCACCUCUUGCGCCACGAACGCACUCACACCACGGCCCCCUUACCUAGCGCCACCAAUUGGGCAGUUGCCACGCCAGCGAGCGGCCUGACCCAGCAACACCAGCAGCCAGAGAUGCAGCUGCAGACACAGCCCCCCCUCAUUUUCCCCAUGGCCUUUGAGUCGACAUGGCAUGGACAUUGACCCGUCUGUGCUGCAGGCGAGGCGCUCCGUGUGAACAAAACAGUAACUGUUCGUGAAAAAAGAGGAAAAGAGUUCUCUGCUACAGAACCCAUUUUAGUGGCCUGAACAAAAUGCCUGUUAAGCAUUGUUUUGUAUAAUUCUGAAAGCUUGGCUCUUUCACUGCCUCAGUGAAAUGAAAAUAAAUGAAACUUUACUUAGUUUAUUUCAUUAUUGCUAGUCGCAGGUAUGGACUAUGAACAUAAGGCACUGAAAAAUAAGCUCCCCACCUCUGACUGACCUUUCUGGCUGACCUUUCCCGUGUCACCUAAGAUUUUGAUCAAGUACUGCCUCCAUCAACUCAAGUUUAUCUUCACUGUGAGAUAACAGUCACUAGAGCCGUGGACUGGAGGGCACAGGAUCUGUGGGUGCUCGGCAAGAGUAGGCGGUGUGGAUGCCUGGGAGAGUCAUCUGGACUUGACUGCCAGCCGGCUCCUGUCGCAACAAACCCUUUCAGUAUUCCAGUGCUUUCAACUUUGAAAAAAAGAUAACAGGAACCAAUUUUUAAAACAAGCAGCUUGUUUUAGCAAUGUCAUAUGGAAAAUGUAAAUUAUAUUUUCAAAAAUCUCAGCUGUAAACAAAAAUAAAAUAAUAAACGUCUGCCUCUAGUCCAGAUGCUUUUAAGGACAGAAGCAGUGUUUCAAAUA